UCACUUUCAGUUGUAACAGACUUCAUCACAUCAGAAAUUGUACUCGUUUUCAUCCUUUUAAGGAAGUUCAGACCCAGGAAAAUUUCCAUAGUACCUUAAUGAAAAAGAUAGACCUGGGAACCUGCCAGACAAAACCUGGUCAGUACUGUAAAGAAGAGGUCCACAUUCAAGAUGUUGGAGGUUUGAUUUGCAGAGCAUGCAAUCUUUCAAUCCCCUUCCAUGGAUGUCUUUUAGACCUGGGAACCUGCCAGGCAAAACCUGGUCAGUACUGUAUAGAAGAGGUCCACAUUCAAGGUGGCAUUGAAUGGUAUUCAACCAAAGGCUGCACAAAGAACACAUCAGAGUGCUUCAAGAGAACUCUCUUCAAGAGAACUCUCUUCAAGGGAAUUCUGAAACUGCAUGAACUUGUAACUACUCGCUGCUGCAAUCAUUCUUUGUGCAAUUUCUGAGUCAGUGGCCCAUAUCUAAAAUGCUUGGCAGAUCAAUCAGUCUCAAAGCCUGACCUGACUAUCACAAAAUGAUGGCUAUUGUCAAUUAGCCCACUUCAGAAACCUCAGACCCUUGUAGGUGGAAGGAAUUUUGAUCUGAAAUUGACUUUGGUUUUCAAUAUUCCCAAUGUCUCCCCCACCACCUCCAACUCAUCUGAGAAAUAUCCCUUUCAACACCAUUUCUCUCCUCUCCUCCUUCUGCUUAAUUUACCUUCCUACCACAAGGCUACAAAGAAGGAAAAAUGUUAGUGAUUCUCCAAGUCAAACUAGCCAUGUCACCUCUAACUACUUUCAUUUCCCUAAAUGUUUCCAUAUUCCAAAAUAUGGUUACAAAUGUUUCACAAGACGGCAAGUAACCUGAGAAUAUUCAUUUGGUUUCCAAAGCAAACUGCCUUGCUCCUUUGGGGUGACUUAUGGUAUAGAAGAAACUGACUUAACAUAUACUAUAGGGAAAAAAUAAGCCAUGAAUCAGCAAGCCAGGCCUGCGGGAAAAGUAUGACCCCAAACAAUAAAGGGUUGAGGCAGGUGGUAGGGCUGGCACUUAUUUCUUCCAUCUGCCUCAGAGUUUAUCCAAAUUUUGAAUUUUCCGUACUUUAACCAUGCCUAAAUGCUUUGGCUUGUUCAAUUUUGGCAGAUUAAGCAGUUCAAGGUAAGCAGAGAAGUAAGUUCCCAACCAUAGGGAAUUUAAAAGGAGUAGGGACGUACUUUGAACUACAUUUCACAUUUUGCGAUCAUUACAUCUUUUAUUACAUGCCCUACUUUGGCAGCAUGAAGAGUACUGCAUUAAUUUGAUUUAAUUUAAAAUUUAAUUUAAAACUGUCUUUCUCUGUAUUUUCAGGAGUUUGAAAAUUCAAAAAAUAAUAAAUGUCAAUAAAA